AUGGAUAAAUCCAACUGUGGUUUGGAGUCAUGGAUUGGUUUAGCGGAAUCCCAAGUGGCUAUACGGCAUUCGGAUAAUUGUCUUGGGGAAGUCCCAUGCUUUGCGUUGCUAUUGGAGCGUUGUGCUGCUCCCCUUUCGAGCCCGCUGAGUCUGAUUGGAGGGCUGGGAGUUGGGAUCCUGCCCCCGCAGCGCCUCUUAUGCCACGCCUCCCUGCUUCUGGCCCAGCUCAAAGCACAGCUCGCCAUCAAUCAGCUCGUUGCCGCGGGAAACAUCGCCAACGCCGUUACCUGCGCCAACCCCCCACUACCCUCGCCUCACCCCCAUCCUCCUCUUGCCCUCUUCCUCAACCUCUUGAAAGCAGCAGCCACCACCAAUAACAUGUACCAUCCCCAAUAUAAUCCGUUAGGGGGUCAGUACUCUUCACAAGCACAGAGAACACCAGCCCAGAUGGGACGGUAUGGAUUCCCACAAGCCCAGUCUGGGAUGGACCCUCUGAUGGCCUCACGCUCAGGUCUGGGCCCUGUCUCUGCUGGUGGUUCCUCUGGUUUUUCCAGCCAGGGGGGCAUGAUGUCCUCGAUGGGGUACAACCUGGGGCAGAGAUCAGCCGGGAUGGCCCCGGAGAUGGAGACCUCUAUAGACCACCACAUCCGCUGGGCCAGAGAGGAUGUGAGGAUGCUCAGCCAGAUGGUGCAGCAGAAACAGAACCAGCAGGCCCAAAUGAACGCCAGGAAUCUUCGCCUGAGUCGCGACCCCAGGGACGAGCUUUCGUCUAGCGGAGUUAUGGGUAGCUACAACCCUGGCCGGUCCUGCAGCGACCAGCAGAGCUCCAUGGCCUCCUGGUCUGGCCACCUGACCCAGUCUGCUUCCUCUAAACCCUUCUCCUCCCCACUCCCUCAGUCGUCCCCUUCCCCCUCCCAGAUGUACCAAAGCCAAACCUCUGGGUUUGUGGGUGCGGGAGAGCCGGGACCCACCUCAAUGGGUUCUGAGGCGCUCACGAGUGUCUCCGCCUCGUCUGGCACCAAUCCUCCAGCCCGGUACACGUCAGAGUCCGCCAGCAACAUCCUGGCGAGUUUCGGCUUGUCCAACGAGGACCUGGAGCUCCUGAGCCACUAUCCAGACGAUCAGCUGACCCCAGACAACCUGCCCUUCAUCCUCCGAGACAUCUGCAUCCGUAAGGCCAAUAGAAACAUGGAUGUGGACCAUCGGCCCCGGGCUGGCGACAGACCCAGCCCGGGGUCGGACCACUUAGGUGGAGGACAGAGCAAAGUUAUCGAUUAUGGAAAUAUUGAUGCUACUAAAUACGGCAGUUAUGAUAAUAUUCGAUCCAAUAGUUACGGCGGGCGAGAUCCGCUCCCGAGAGAGUCGCUCAAAUACGCCGUAGUCAGAGACUCUCCAAGCGGGCACACUGGGACGCCGUACGUUAGUGUUGGAGGAUCCAUGACCUCGGUCCUUUCCGAGCAGCGUACCCAACAACAGCAGAUUUGCAGCGCUGCAGUCCAGAGUUCUAUCUCUCUCCCCAAGAAUGACACUCGUAUCGGUCUUCCUCCGCCUUCCAGCCUAACCCAAAAGACCCUCAGAACCCACGACUUAUCUAAAGCAGCACCCAAACCUAUGAACAUCCCUGUCCACGGCGGAGACCAAGGACUCGACCGACUCCUCUCAUCUCAGAAUCGAGGCGCCGCUCGAGGCCAGGUUCAGCCUCGGUCCGACCUGGUGGUUCUUAGUGGUGGUGUUGGAGGAGAUGCAGGACUCAGGAUUGGAGGUGUCCCGGUCGGAUUUCCUCCUCCCACGCCACCCCUCAUGUGGCCUCCCUUAUUCCCCAUCAUGAAUCCGUCGGUUCCUCCUCCCGGUCACGUUCCGGUGACUGGUCCGCCUCCCCCGAUGGGUCCACCGCCGUCGAUGUUCCAGCAGAUGAACAUCCCACCCCCAACGUUGAUGAUGCCGACGAAGUUGCCGGCCCCAACCACGAUGAGUGAUUACUCCGCAGCUUCUCCCAGAAUCUUUCCUCAUACCUGUUCUCUCUGUAACGUAGAAUGUGCCCAGUUACAGAACUGGAUAGAGCAUCAAAACACCAGCCUACACAUCGACAACUGCCGGCUGCUCAGGAAAUUGUAUCCUGACUGGAACGGGGAAACUGUGACAAGCCCUGCUCCCAGUAGAAAUAACAACAACCAGUCUUCCUCCAAACGUCGUCAGACGACACACACCACCUCCCGUUCUCCGUCCUGGUCUCGCUCUCCUUCUCCUCGCCUCUCCUCCUACCACACCACUUCGUCCUCCUCCGCUGCUCGCCGACCUCGAUCCAGGGAACGAUCCCGGGAACGUAGACACAGCGCCGCCACACGGCGUUCCCGGUCUCCUGGUUCGCGCCGGGAGCGUGACCCUCCGGCGGCGUCUUCUUCGCACUGGGAUCGGGAACGUCGGCGUUCCCGCUCGCCCCGGACUACUUCUUCAUCCCGGAGGUCGCGUUCUAGGAGCUAUGAGCGGGAGCGCCGGGACACGAGGAAGAACAGCCCUUCAGGAGGAGGAGGAGGGAAGAGCAGGCAGCAGAAGUCUAGCAGUGCUGAGAGACUGGCCAAGAAGCUACUGGAGUCAUCUGCUGGCCUCUCCCUGACUAAGAACACCAGUCUAGAAGUUAUGAUGCAGUCCCUGGCCCCUGCUCUCCUGGCAGAGCUCGCCAAAAAGAAAGGCGCCACGUCCGCCAAGGGAGGUGCCGGCAAGAGGGGCCACUCCUCUCGGAAGACUGAAACGGGAACAUCCAAGGGUGGCAAGGCAGUCACAGGAUCUGGGAGGGCAUCAACCAAGAAAUCCUCCUCACCUUCCAAAUCCUCCUUCAAAUCAUCCAGCUCAGCUUCUUCCAAGACUAAGAAGAAGGUAGCACCAGGGACCUCCGCUCUGUUAAGACUGAAGAAUAUCCCCCAAAACACAGCUCAUGAGGAGGUGAUGAAGGCCGUGGAACCCUUCGGAAAGAUCAACAACGUCAUCCAACUCAAGCCCAUACAGCAGGCGUCCGUGUUGUUUGAGAGGGUGGAGGAUGCUAAGAAGCUAGCUAGCUGUAAGAACCUGAUCAUCAAAGGCCAGAGCGUCACCGUACUAACGGAGAAAGAUGCUCUGCUGGACGACUCAAAGGAACUGAGUCAAACCAACAAGUCUACUGAUGAAAAAAGAGCUUCAGCAGCCAAGUCCCACACCAGCACCACCAAGUCAACCGCAACCAAAAUGUCUUCUACAGCCGCAACUAAACCGCAAACUGACGGUCCCAAGACCACACCCAGAGGGACGGGGGCUAAUACCAAGGCUCAGCCAACCACGGCUAAGGGGGCUACCCCCCUCCUUCCACUGAAAAGUACCCUCAUUCCUAAACGGCCUGGCUGUGGAAAUAAUACGUUUGUGAAGAUCGAAGGUUUACCAGAGACUGGCUAUACAGAGGAAGAUGUUCUGGCUCUGGUGAAGCCUUACGGAUAUAGACCUGGACUCUACAACUGUUUCAUACUGCCUGCACAGAGAUGGGCCAUCAUCCGUAUGGACGGAGGACAGAAGAGCUUUGUUAUGGUGACAAACUACACACAGUCUCCUCCUAAACUACUAGACUGUAACCUCUCCUUCACGUUGAUCUGCCCUGAUACAGGCCUCGUUCAGGAGGAUGUGUACCGAACGCUGAAGGGCCUCACCACUUCGGACACGACAUUGAAGGAACGCCUUCUGAUCGUCAGUAACGUCCCCGCGGGGACUACGGCAACCCGAGAGGUUCACGACCUCGUCAAACGCUUCGGAUCCUACCUCGAUUCGCUAUCUCUGAUCAACAGGAUUUAUUUUGAGAUGGAGUCGUCCUCGAUAGCGAUGGCAGUGUGUCUUCAUUUCCAGAAGUUCCCCCGUGUAGUUCAGAACAAGCCUCUGAAGUUCAACAUGCUGGUCAAGGUUAAACACCCGCCUCAGCCGCAGCCCCCAGCCAAGAAGACACCUGUCACUGGCACCAAAGCCAAGAAAAAGGCGGUCCAAGGCAACAAGCCUAAAGGUGCAGCAACACCUGUUAAACCUGUUCCUACCGCAAUCGCUACCGAUGACACCGCUACUACCGCCACCACCAGUGCUACGGCUAUCUCUGCCACUCAGCCUGUGGUUACCGAACAACCGGGACAUGACGUAAGCGCCAUCCAGUCCCGUGACGACAUAGCGAUAGACUCCGACGCGACCGCAACGGAACCCGGUCCGGUCGUCACGGAGCCCGAUGACCCGAUGACGACCAACAACGACCAAAGCCGAACCGUUGCUGUCGUGGCUGCAAAACCGGAUGGCGAGAAUGGAGAAACCGUAGCAACCGCUACCGUUCACGCUGCUACCGACGACGUUGACGCAAAUGAUGUCAUCAAUCCCGUCGACUCUGACGCCGUUGCUGGUUCUGUACCGGCACGAACACCGGUAACAUCAGCCUCUGUCCCCGUAGCUCUCCCAGUGUCUGUUAAAAUGAAGGACAAGCGGUUUGACUUCACUCCGGUGACUCAGGAGAUCCUGAAGGCCCUGGAGGCAGCGGUGCACCAACAUCGCAUGGAGAAACUAGCUGAGGAACGAAGACGGGACCAAGGAGAGAAUAGCCAGGACAAGCCUCUAUCCGACAAGAAGAGCUCUGUAGCCGGGGAGAAGAGGGAGACCAAGACCCCGGCUGGAGAACUGAACCAGGCCCCAGCUCAACCAGAGAAGAAGACUGGAGAGAAGACGGGGACACCGACACAGACUCAAAAAGAGGAGAGAAAUAGACCUGCGGUUUCCGACAAGAAGAAAAAGCUACAACCUGCGAAGUCACAGACCGAUAAAAAGCCUCCAACCACACCAGCGAAGAAGACCACAACGCAGACAGAAGGAGCAAAGAAACCACCUUCAGGCUCUGGACAACCAGAGAAGAACCAGGCGAAGACCCAAGGCUUUGGAGGAAGAGGCCGGCGCAGGCACCAUUCUUCCCCAGAAAAGAUAGACUCUUCCAGGCAUAGAAGCGAGGAGGAGCAGGGUCCUCCGACGUCGAGACACGGCGACUCCUCUAGCUCUUCUUCUGGCUCCUGCAGGAGCAACAGACAGGACGGCAGUCCCGCCAAGAAGAAGGGGAGGAAAGAGGAGGAAGAGAGGAGCAAGAGCCACCGUAGUAGAACCAGCCAGUCCUCUAGCAGUGAGUCUAGAGAUACGGAGGCAGCAGAGAGAAAGGGUGUUGGCUACGUGGCGGAUGAGUUCACGUCCGACGCCAACCCAUUCGACCUGGACCAGUUCAACAUGGAUGAGUUCGUCACCGUGGACGAGGUGGAAGGGGAUGAGGCGGACAACACCAACCCACCAGAGCCAUCAUCUUCAUCACCCAAUACCCAAGAUGGCGCCCAUGAAAGGUCUGAACGAUCAUUCAAACGCAAGAGGGGUACCCCUGAUACCCCAAUUUCUACUAUGAAGUCUAGCCAGGAGAAAGAGACACCCCCGUCCAAAAGCACUCCCACCCCAUCCUCUUCUACCUCUGACCCCCCUGGACAGAAGACUCCACGACAAGCCGCAACAGCCAAAAAAACGCAGCCGGCAAAACCUCAACCACCUGCCACCUCUGGACGCAAGACCAGGUCAUCAGCUGCUGUUGUAGCAACGGAAGCCGCAGAAACCCCAGAAACUGUCACCUCUGGACGCAAGACCAGGUCAUCAGCUGCAGCUGCUGUUGUAGCAAAGGAAGCCGCAGAAACCCCAGAAACUGUCACUGACGAUGACCCCACAGUCGGGAUGGAGGCGGAGCCUCUUCCCGUGGAGCUUCUGUCUCAGCCAAUGGCUGAGGGUAUGUUACCGUCAUCCGACCACAAGGUGUCAGUGUUGGACACUGCAUUGCCGGCGAACAAGGAAGUAGAAAGUGCUGGGUCAGAGAUUGAUAUGGAGACUACAGCUGAAAAACAUCCAGAGGUAGGCGGGAGCGAGGAGAAGGCCCAGGCUAAAAAAGGUGACUCGAUUCUGGGUAGCAAGGCUCAGAAUGAAGGCUGUCCACUGGAGCCUGGUUUGCCUGAUCCGUCUUCCGCAGCCAAGGAGCAAGACCUUCAUACAACCCUAGAACUACGAGAGUUUGAGACGGUGUCGGGUCACCAAGUGCCCCAAUCACUUGUUGACAAAGUACCCGAAGAAGAAAAUGGAGGUUUACAGAUACUCAACGAAACCGUGGAUGACACAGCCUCUGAAUCUACGGGUUCCCAGGAGCUCCAAACUACUCUAGAGGAACGCCAAGACGAAGAAGAAUCUGCUUUCCACAUCCUGGACUCUGUCGAAGACACUGAAGACCGAAGAGAUUCUCUACCCAGAGAGUUGGAAGGGUUCCAUAUCCUGGACUCUGUCGAUGAUCAGGUGGAUAUGACAGAAGCUCUGGACAACCAUACUACUGAAUCUAAGGGUACCUCAAAACCCCAAAAAGAGGGUUACAAAAAGGGUAAGGGUAAUAUGACACUUCAAAAGAAGGAGGAUGGUAAGAAGAUACCCCAAACCCUUGAGAAGGCCCUUACAGUGGAGUCAGAGAGGGGUGAGGGAGGUACCCACAAAAAGACUAACCUUGUCUCUUUGGAUGAGGUGAGUGAGGAAGAAGAGAGUUACCCUGACGACGCUGCCGAAGAGGAAGAGCUGAUGACGAAACAGGAACUGGCGAAGGAGAAACAGCGAGCGAGAGAAUGGGAGAAGGCGAGAGGGAAGAAGAGGAGGAGUACAGAGCGGGAGAAGAGCAAAGAGGAGGAGCAGGAACGGACGAGGGAGAAGGAGAGGUUCGGUGCGGAUACGGAAUGGUUGGUGACUCUGGAUGAGAUUGGAGGAGAUGGGGAUGAGAGAGGAGAGGAGGGUGCGAGGGAUCAGGAGUGCGGAAUAAAUGAGGCAGAUCUUCAAGAAUUGGUCACUCUGGAUGAGAUCGUUGGCAAGGAAGGAGGGGAGGGUCCUAGCCCGGAGCCACACCCAUUCAGCCAGGAGGACGAAUCAAGAGACUCCUUCAACACAGAGACGAUGGUGACCCUGGAUGAGGCUGGAGGUGAUCAUGAGAUGGAGGAAGAGCAGCCCAGGAAGUUUCCAGAACCAGCCCAGACCCGGGACACUGACGAUACAGGCCAGGACUUUGUGGUUUCUAAGGCAGGGUUCUUCUGUAAGCUGUGUUCUCUGUUCUAUGGGAGUGAAGACACAUCCAAGAAGACCCACUGCAGCAGUCUACAGCACUAUCAGAACAUGCAGAAACAUUACCCGAAGCAUCAGAAGCAACAAGCAGGAGGUUCUAGCCAAGGCUCCGCCUCCAAGUGACCCCUGACCUCACCCCUGGGUGUGUCUAAAAUGUGACCACUUCUAUGACUCCAUCUGGUUGAAAGUAGUGCACUAUGUAGGGAAUAGGGUGCCAUUUGGGACACUUUUCAACUAAUAGGUUCUGGUCCAAAGUAGUGCACUAACUACGGCCCAUUGCGUUAGAUAGUGCACUACUAUAUAGGGUAAUAGAGUGCCGUUUGCUAUUUCAGAGGCAGAGAGCUGGUCUAGGAUCAGAUCCUCCCCAUGUUCAUAUUGUCUUAUUCAUUAUGAUUUAAAAGGUCAAACUGAUCCUAGAUCUCUGAGAUGCUUUGUGAAUAUAUUGGGUCCAAAUAUGACAAGAGAUUUUAGAUUCAUUUGAUUUGGUUGUUUUUUUCGGGGGGGUAUUUGAAUCUCAUUAAACUGUUUUAAUUUAUCCAGAGAAACUCAGUCAGCAGAGACCUAUGUAUAAGGAGAUAGUAAUAAAUGAGUUUUUAUUACCAA